CAUUUUCAGAUGCUGUAAUGUAUGCCUCAAAUGUGACGAGCCUUGCAAAUGGGGAAGUAGUGCAGUGAACCAUCGUGUGUGCAUUCCAUGUGAAUCUGAUCUGUCCACUUAUGAUUGGAUGUUUUUAAUCUUCAUGACGAUACUUCCACUUCUGGUUCAUAGUUUCUCUGUGCAUUUGUAUGCACCUAAGAAUAUGUCCCGUGUACAUGAAUUAUGUGAACAUCUUUGUUGUGGUUUGGAGUGUUUAGUUGCGUCUAUUGCUGCCGUGUUGGUUUUUCCACCCCGAUUCACAUUCGCCGUUUGGGGUUGUGGCAGGUCGAGCAUCAAAGAGUGGUAUCCAGAAUUAUACAAUCCCAUCAUCAAUCACGUAAAACCGUUACGUUGCUCCUAUGAAGUAGUUUUUCCAUUAUACUCUUUUCCGUUCGUUUACUUACUCUUCCUUCUCUGUACAAUUUUGGUAUUUCGUUCAUUUCUCUACGUUUCCAUCUUGAAACGGAACAAAGACGCGAAGGCUUUCUAUUGUGCUCUGCUUGCAAUUCCGAAAAUUGCUGUUAUCCACGCACUUCUAGCCGGUGUUCUUUAUCAGUCUUACCCAUACAUCGUAAUGUUGUGGAGUUUGUGCGCUAACGCUGUGCAUUUAGCGAUAGAAGGGAAAGUAUCAGUGAAAGAAAUUGCUAGUAUGUUCUGUAUAGCAGUGAAUUUUUAA